AUGAAAUUCAUUGGAGCUACCCUUUUCGUCUCUGUUGCUUACGUUGCCUCUCUUGUCUCUGGAGCAGCCAUUGUGUCUAUUACUUCUCCUUUACUCAACACAAAGUAUAAGGCUGGUCAAGAAGCCAUCAUUUCUUGGAUCAAUCCCACUGUUGCAACCAUCCCUCAAAUCAUUUUGGCCAAGGGUCCCUCUACUGCUCUUCAACCCAUCAUGACUAUUGCUACCAAUGUCAAUGCUAAUGACUUGAAGUAUGUCUGGAAGAUUCCUUUCGAGAUUGAAAAUGGCAGUGAAUAUGCUUUCGAGCUCGGAAACUCACCUGAUCUUGCUUUCGCUGGUCCUUUCACCAUUGAAGGUGGCGUCGGUGGUACUCUUCCCUCAUCCAACACCUCCUCCACUGGUACCAGCUCCCCUGCUCCUGCUCCUGCCAAUCCUCCUGCUGGUGGUAAUGCUGCUGCCACUCCCGCUGCUCCCUCCGCUACUACCGAUGGUAACUCGCAAACCUCUCCUCACAACGCCAAUGCCUCUCACUCCUCAGCGGCCAACAAGGAGAUGGCUGGUCAAGCUAUGGUUGCCUUGGGUUUGGUUGCUGCUGCCGCCUCUCAAUUCUUUUAA